AUGGCCACCGCGGGAGUUUCUCACCCCAGCUCCCCGCGCCUCCCCAGCCCCCCUCCGUUUACUGAGGUGCAACUUGGCCCCAAGUCACCAGCAGUCGAGUCGAUUGGGAAGGAUGCAGAGCAAUAUCUAAGUGCAUCGCAAGGUGCUGAUGAUGGCUCCUCUCGGAGGAUACGUCCAGGGACUAAGGCUGUGGAUAUGGCCGUUGGUCCUCCGUUGGUCCCCCUGUCGCAGCUCGACUCUCCCUUUCAACUCCAGGAACACCUCAAGGCCCUUUACAAUCAUUACACAAGGCCCGAGGGAAGCGACACCGUUGUACCGAUCAACCGGAAGGUGGCUAUUCAGCUCGCCGAACCCCCCGAGGGCAUCGACCGGUCGCUUUGGCUCUAUGAGCUCUGUCGCUUCCUGACCAUGAAAGUCAACAAUCUUAUCAUCGCCUUCUUUGCUGAGACUCCCCCGUGCUCCUCCAAUACCUGUCCGGAGAUGCGGGCUUCGGAGUGGCAGUAUCUUUGUGCCGUCCAUGACCCCCCGAAGUCCUGCUGCGCUAUUGACUAUUGUUGUCAUACCCUUGAUUGGGCUACUACGAUCCUUACCUCACCCAAAUACUUUCCCAGUCGUCUUACACUAGGCUCCGAGGCGGGCGGCGGACCGCAGGCGAGUAUGAGGCAUUUGACCAACAUUUUCCGUCGACUCUACCGUAUCUUCGCGCACGCAUGGUUCCAGCAUCGGGAUGUAUUCUGGCAAGUCGAAGGCCACGACGGGCUCUAUAUUUUCUUCAAGACGGUCUGUGACAUGUACAAUUUGAUACCUGAAGAUAAUUUUACGGUUCCGGUUGAGGCAGAGGGCAUCGAUCCGCAGCAGCCGGCGGAGCAGACAGACGCACGCCGUUUGACGAUAUUGCGAAAGGAAACCGGCGGAUCACUCAAUCCGUCGUUGGAGGCCCUGGAAGGGUCAACUAUCAGUAUUGGUGCAACAACCCGGCGCCAUAAGAAUAGCCCGUCCACUAGUUCCCGCGUCACCACCAUUAACGAAAGCACCGAAGACGACGAGCUCCAACCGAAACAACAGCCCCCGCAGGCGGCGGCAGAUCCCGUUCCGGCGGAACCCGGGUCACAACCGUCUGUGCAGGGUGUCGGUAAAAAGCACGAGAAACCGAGUGAACAGGCGUCAGUCGAUAGCAAUGGGUCACAGGUCACCGUAGCAGAGGUAAAGGAUGAUGACGAGGCUCCAAACAUGGUGGCGGAGGAGGGUGCUAAGAGUACUAAACAGGCGGAAACUGGAUCUAGCUCUGAGGCGACCACGCCAUUGGUGGAUGAAACGACUGACAAGACGUCGAAGCCUGGAGCCGACGAGCCUGAGAAGCCGACCCCUGCGCCGGAGAAGACAGAAACUGAGCCGGCCACGGCGACCUCAUAG